CACUCGACGGAUGCUUUUUUCGUACUGUGGAUUCAAGAAGAUCUGAUGAGGGCAUCCAAAGCCUUUUCCCUUUGUAUCGCAAACGCCACUACGCUCUUGUGCAAUUGUGCAAUUCUUGUCUGCGCUUGCCAUUGGUAAGCAGCGCGCGCCCAGUCUUGGUGUGAGGUCAUCGCCGAGCAUUCCCCAAGCGGACAACUUUCAAGGUACUGUGGAAGGUUGUUCGACCAACCCCCCCAUUCUUUCGCGGCGCGCGUCUGCGCUGUUGCUCGCGCUCUGCUCCCUUCGUUGACGCAUGGAUAAACUGAAAGCGAAGGCCUCGUCGGCCCGUAAUCGACUGGUGGAGCACACCUCGCGAGGGACUGGCACUUCGUCGCUACCCCCAACCCAUUCGACACCUCCACAAGAGGACAAUGCGAACACGACGGUCAAUGAUGCCGUCCCAAGACCGCUGACCGGGACCUCUGCGAAGGAUUUUGCUGCUCCACAGCACCCGCCAACGGAGCAAUCCAGGUGUGAGCCACCUACAUCGCUGGAGUCAUCGGUCGACGCUGGAGAACCUGUCCCAGUACCCCCGCGAAGAGGUAGCGCCUCAACGGCCUCCAGAACCGCUCAAGAUGCUUCAACCCCGCAACUACGAGCUGUCGGUCGCCCACGCAGCAACUCUGCCCCUCAGCGAUCGACAUCCUCAUCGUCACAACCAAACCGACCCAUGAUGAGUUACCGCCAGCCGAGUGUCGGGCUAAGACGAUGUCCAUCACCCGGUCCUUCACGUACUACCUCAGCGAACCCUACCGGUACAUCCACCCCCUUGAACCGGACGGCUUCACGACUACCUGUGCUUGACGAAACGUGCGCUCUCGAGCACCAACCGACGAAUGCGACGGAUCCUGCACCAUCUAUCUCAUCGGAGGGAUCAAGGCAAUCAGACGGAGGACAACCGAGCAGGCUGAAAAAAGCUUCAAUGGCGAUCCAGUCGAAACUCGGCCUCACAAAGACAAAUCAGGGAGAGGAUGGUAUUACCAGGCCCACUACUCCUACAGCUGCUCAACCCUAUGGCAGGGAGUAUAGUGCCAGCAUGGUAGAUGUGUUGGAUACCCUGGAUCCCGAAGUCCAAGCUAUCACCUCUCUCACUAACGUACAAAACUCCCUCUUCGUACCCAAUCUGGGUAAUUGGGUAAAUCGACGACCAACAUAUGUACUGCGGCCGACGCGCAGUGAAAGGCAAAGCCUGGAGGAGAUCAAUGCCGUUCUUGAGCCGGCGAGACGGACACAAGCAGAGCAAGAGGCACUUCAAAGGGCUGAAACGCAAGAACCACCUGAAGGUAAACUACACAGGACGCGGUCGGAAGCUACGCUGGCCACUGUCGCUACCAUUGACUCACAACUAAGCGAAUCCCGUUUUGCCGUUUUGCCACAUGGUGCCUCACUAGCUGGCUGGAGCAGGGAAGACAAGGCCGAGUUGAACGACCACGUUAGACAUAUGUUGCAUUCCAGAAGAUCGAAGUUCAAACGUGCUAUGAGGGGAUUUGGUCAAUAUGUCCGGAGACGUACGUCACACGACCCAAUUCUCUCUGGCCUAACUAACAUGUGCGUAGCCUUGGGUUUCUUGGUCACAUUGUAUGCCUCCUUGAUCACGUUAUUCGGUCUAGCCUGGGUGCUCUUCCUGAUCGGUUGGAUCAAUGUUGGCGGUCGCCAGAUCUACGUUGUGCACGUCAUCGACAGCGUCCUCGUCGCUCUCUUUGGCGUCGUCGGCUAUGGCCUUGCACCCUUCCGCGCUGUCGACACGUAUCAUAUGAUUUACAUCGCACAUUAUCAUCACUAUACCUGGAGCCGCCGGAAAAAAGACCGGCUACCUAAACUUCACGACCGCAAUGAUCUUCCCUCGCGGAAUGCUCCCGUCUCUGGACCAAUGAAUCCCGAUCCGGAAGACCCAGAGAAACAAUGGGAGUUCACAGUCCUGACGCCCAAGCAACAAGCAAGACUGGAGCACCACCAAGCCAAGUUCUCCAGUUCUCAUUCGUUUUACCAGCCUCACGAAACAGAGACCCAUUACGCCUUUCCUCUCCGCUUCCUCAUCGCCAUCGUCGUCCUCCUGGACUGCCAUUCCCUUCUUCAGAUCUCGCUAGGGGCGACUACGUGGGGCAUUUACUACAAGGACCGCCAUUUCGCGAUCACCACAGUCAUCCUUUGCCUGUCCAUCGCAUGCAACGCCACGGCCGGUCUCCUCAUUACCAUUGGCGACCACAAAACCCGUAAGAAGGACGUCAUAGAGCGGAUGAACCGGCAAGAGUUGACCGAGAGGGCGAUGCACAAGGUCGAAAAGAAGAAGGAGCGGGAGAGUGAGAGUGAGCGCGAGGAUAAUGAUGACGCGGGAAAGAGGAAGAAGAGUAUGGAGAUUAGGAGGAGUCUGGAUAUCGUUAAGCGAAGACUCGUGGAGGGCAAAAGCGGGCUGGGGAGUGAGAACGAGAGUUCGGGGUCGCCGGGUGGUCCGUUGAAGAAGGUGGAGGAAGGUAGUGCGUAUCCUUAAGGAGAUGUUUUUUGAUGUUUGAAAAGUACAUAUGUUGUGGAUGUUUCCAUAGAGAUUCUCCAUAGAAAUAAUGGAUAAUAUAAGGAUCCUGUCCUAA